ACCGUGACAUGCUUAGUCAAAUUCUAGUUUUCAAUUGCACUGAUGUUCAUGAACGUACUAAACGAUAAUUUUCGGUUUUAAUGACUGAAUUGUAAAUUUAUUCGUAAACGAUAUUUGUGCAUGAUAGUGAGAGGAACAGUAGAUAGAGAUAUCAUAUGAUAAUGCCUUGAGUGAAGUGAAUGUAGUGAAAUAUUUUGACAAUGUGAUUGUUCUGAAAAGCAAUCCUGAUGAAAGCAGAUGUAUUAGCACUGGCCUUGUUAUGGCUGCUACCGGCCGUAUGGGCGGGUGUUUUAAGAGAUACCGAGGACGAGCCGUGCCGGAGCUACUCUCUCAACAACUUGAUCUACCUCGACUGCUCUGACAGAGAACUCACAGAGUUGUCAGAGAAUUUGGACUACGAUGCCCACGUUUUACUUCUCUCGAAUAAUAACUUCGAAAGUUUUCCCACCCAACUUGAAAAGUUUUCCUACGCAGAAAAAAUAGACUUGUCAGGAAAUCGACUGAGUCGCACGCUGCCAACAUUUUUAGUGAAUAUGCCGCAUUUACAGACUCUCAACCUGUCAAACAACAACUAUGAAAUCUGGAUAAGUGAAAUGCCGAACAGCAACAUAAAAUAUUUGGACUUAUCUAAGAAUAAGAUUACCCAAAUACAUGAUGAUUCCUUUAAACAAAUGACGAGCUUGCACUAUCUUGAUUUAUCAGAAAAUAGAAUUGACGACCUGCAGCCAACAUUACUUGCUCAAGCAACCAAUUUGCUUACUCUCAGUUUAUCAAGAAAUUCCUUCACAAAUGUCCCCGCAUUCCAAUCGACCUCACUGAGAAGUCUUCAUCUAAGUAACUGCCUCAUAGGUAACCUUAACGUCGAUUCGCUUACCAAAAUGACCACUUUACUAGAAAUCGACUUGUCUUUGAACCAAAUUGAGAGCGUGCCGGACAAUUUCCAGUCUCACACUUUGCAGAAAUUAGAUUUAAGCUAUAACGAGAUUUCCUCGCUUACUGGCCGCACCUUCUCGGCAUUACCCAACCUUGCGGUAUUGGACUUGAGAGGCAACGAGUUCAAAAAAGUUUGGUCUUCCGCGUACUUCUCCUCAAACCCGUAUUUGAGGGAAAUUUAUGUAAAAGGAAACCGUUGGAGCUGUGAUGGAUUUGGCGUAAACUUGCUUCUUACAUAUGAGUACUUGACAAAGGAGCCGGCAAAGGUAGUGGACCCAGCUUCUUCAUUGAUAUGUUACUCGCCCGCUAAUGUGACACAAUUGACAUGGCAGAGGGCUUACAUUGAGACAUGGCACCGAAAUGGGACAUCCGAGGAGUCAUAUGUAUUUAUGGCUGUGAUGGUUGGAGUGAUCAUUGGUGUUUUAAUUACGUCAAUUGUAUGUCGAGGACUGAUGUCUCUUAACAAACCGGAGCCGCCAAGACCAGAGCCCGCUGAAACUGCUGUUCUAAAUGGUAUAGGCGUGGCAACUAACCCCCGUGUUGAGUCCUUGAUAAUGAGAGUUCCUCUUCGUGAAGAAGAUCUCCCUCCUUCUUAUGACGAAGCGCUUCUGAUGCCGCGAUUGAACUCAUCCUUUCAUUCGCUACCCGACUUUGUGGACGAAAUCGAAGAGCCUAUAGAACGCAGACACCGCAGAUCCAGGUCUAUUGGAGACCUCACGGAAUCGAGACCUAGAAUGAAUGACAGACGCUCAGUAAGACACACAGUUGAAAUUCGUAUAAACUAAUAGAUAAAUGUCUCGGUAUUUUAUAAGUUAAAUGUUAUACCUAUUUUGUUUUAAGUAUAUUAAUUAUAUUCAUACCAAUAUUAAUUAAGUGUCAUUCAGCUGCAAAAAUAGUUGACGUUCCUUGUCCCUCUGCAAACAAAUGUUUUUGCAUGUGGUCUAGGUCUGCUUAUACAUAAUGUUCUUAAAAAUGUAACAUUAAAAUUACACUUUUAAAUUGUGUACUCGUAGCGACAUCUAUUCGCACAUCGUGGACAAUAUUUAAUCAAUAAACAAGCAGCCGAGAAUGGAAGUAGAUAACGUGAACGUCCUAUAACUAGGAUACUUUCAGAUUCGUAUUCGUACGACUAGAUGGCGCUGUAUAACAUAGAAAGUGCUGUGUAAUUUAAUUUAAUUUAUAUAGGAAUACCAUGAGUAUUAUUCACUUAUCGAUAACAAUCAAGUGAUGAUAUAAAUGUCUUCAUUGAUUUAAAUUGUAAUACAAUGAAUUGGUUUGUAUUGUAUGUUUAUGUAAGGUAAUUUUAGUAACUUAUUUUAAAAGUUAAUUUAUUAAACAUGUUUUAAUUUUAUUGCAA